AUUUGUAAUUUGCCUUUUUUUUAAUCUUUUUUUUCAAGUAAUCAUUGACCCUUUUCGUUCUUUUCUGUGGCAGACCGAAAUGAACAAGAACGACYUGGAUGCUGUGAAGAUGACGGCCACUCCGGACCGGCAGUAUUUUGCCUUGACUGUGCCUGAUCUAAUGGAACGCCGGCCUUCUGUUCGGGUUGCCGACAUAGUAGAAGUCACGUAUAGUGACACURUACCCCAACCUGAAUCCGGCAUGGCGGUCCCUAAUUAUGGGGUCCUUAAUGGGGUCCUUAAUCGGGUACACAAUGGGGUCCCCGCCGCAGUCAUCAAAUAUCAAGGCUACGUGGCCGCAGUCAGAAGAGAAGAGGUCCUCCUACAUCUCCCUCCCGAGCUGCAUGCGGGUCACAUCGACCAUGCAAGUUUGUACGACGUGCGAUUUUUCAUGGGGCGAGUUGUGGAAAAGCGCAAGCACCAUGCUCUCCACCUCCUCCAACCACGUGUGCAGUGGGUGUUCCCAUCGCCAAGGAAGGUGCGAGAAGUCUCUGGGAACCUCUCGCGCGUGAAUGCGGACGUGAUCAGCCGUUGUGUUCAAAGUACGUCCAUCGCAGGCCCUUCACUGAACGAGGAGCAGUCGAAGGCGCUCACAGAUAUCCUCCGUCUGACGGAGUUCUCCAUGGGAGGAGGAGGAGGAGGAAAAGGGAAGUCGAAAGGAUUCAAAGGAGGAGGAGGAAAAUGCAAGGCGAAAGGAGGAGGAGGAGGAGGAGGGGGAGAAGGAGCUCCUGCGUACAUUCUCCACGGUCCCCCGGGGACGGGGAAGACGACGACCAUCGUGAAGGCUAUCUGUCACAUUUACAAGCGUUAUCCCUCCUCUCGCAUUCUAGUUUGCACGGCGACGAACACUGCCGCGGAUUCCUUGUUGCUGGCUCUUGUGGGGUGUGGGGUAAAUCAGGGUAUACUGCGUUUGAAUGCCUACACCCGGCCAUUGGAGGGGUGGAACCCUAUACCWGAGGAGGUGGUGAGGUUSUCGAACAGACACAGAGGUGGAGGGUUCGAGACCCCAACUAUGAAGGAGCUGAUGGGAUACCGUGUCGUGGUGUCCACAAGUUGUUCAGCUACUUGUGUCUGGCAAGCCGGGAUAAAACCUGAGAUGUACACCCACGUGUUCGUCGAUGAGGCUGGGAGCAUGGUGGAACCGGAGUGUCUCAUUCCCAUAACCUGCGGCCUGCACCAGAGGUCCGUCGUGGUACUCGCAGGUGAUCACCAGCAGCUUGGUCCCGUUGUGCACUGCCUUCUUUGCAAGGAAAGGAAGGGAGGGGGAGGGGAAGCCGGAGAGGGAGAGGGAGGGGGAGGUGGAGGUGGAGGGGGAGGUGGAGGGAGAGGGGGGGAACUGGAAAUGUCCCUUCUUGAGCGUCUGAUGACGAAGGAGCCAUCGAGGUCUAUCUAUGUGAAUGGUCUUGCUCGACAGGGGGUACAUUGGCCGAAUCUUAUGUUGGCGAUGAUGAUGGCGGGGGAUGAGAUGGAAGAGGAGAAUGAGGUCAGUGAGGAGGAGGUGGGGAUGGAGUCGGCGGAGGAGGAUGAGGAGAAAUAGAUGCUAUGUUUUGACUGUUCCCCGAUUGGAAUGUAAAGUAGGUCUGCAUGCUAUGGUUUAUCUGUUCCAGGAGGGGGAGGAGGAGGAGGAGGAGGUGGAGGAGAGUGAGGGUGAUGGAGGAUGAGGAGAAUGAGGAAGGAUGAGGAUGAGGUAGAUGGAGGAUGAGGAUGAGAAUGAGGUCGAUGGAGGACGAGGAGAAUGAGGAUGAUGGAGUAUGAGGAGUAUGACGUGGAGGGAGGAUGAGGAUGAGGACUUUAGAGGACAAUGGAGGGCGAGAUGGAGGGGGAGGAAUACAUCCUAAGACUGUUCCGUGAAUGGUAUGUAAAGGUCUACAUGCAAUGGGUCAGGACUUUGUAAACAAAACAUGGAGUCAGAC